AUGGUCGCCAUCUCAGGAAGCAUGGGUGAUGUAGACCGAGUUGAAUAUCCUGAAGGGGGUCUUGAAGCGUGGUCGGUUGUGCUUGGAGCGUGGUGCGCUAUGGUUCCCUCAAUGGGGAUACUGAAUAGCCUCGGUAUAUUUCAUGCCUGGACAAGUGAUCACCAACUUAAUGGUUACUCUGAGUCUAAUAUUGGCUGGAUAUUUGGUGCCUAUGGAUUUUUUCUAUACUUCGGAGGCGCUCAAGCUGGCCCAAUAUUUGACACUUGCGGUCCGAAUUAUGUUGUUGUUCCGGGUUCUAUCGGAAUGGUGGUGUCACUGAUAUGCUUCAGCUUCAGCGAAGAAUACUACCAAAUAUUCCUUUCUUUCAGCCUGCUUGGAGGACUAUCCGCAUGUACACUGUUUACUCCCGCAGUCUCAGCAGUUGGUCACUGGUUUGACAUUCGCCGUGGCUAUGCUACUGGAAUAGCGUGCACUGCCGGUGGAAUCGGCGGAGUGAUUUUCCCUCUAAUCAUUCUCUUCGCUGCCCCCAGGAUUGGGUUCGGAUGGGCGAUCCGUAUAAUUGCUGUAAUAUGCGCGCUUCUAUGUCUAUGUGCUUGCCUUCUUCUGAAAACAAGAUUGCCCCCUAACCGCAAAGCUGGAUCUUCCAUUGAUUUUCGUGCUUUGAAGGAUUGGAAAUACGCGACAACAACAGCUGCAGUCUUCCUAGUCGAAUUCGCAGUUUUCAUCCCAAUCACAUACAUCACAUCUUACGCAGUCCAUGUCGGUGUGCCGGAUACAAUGUCCUAUAUGAUGAUUGUAUUGCUCAAUCUCGGCGCUGUCCCGGGACGCUUUCUGCCGGGGCUAAUAGCAGAUCGACUAGGGCGAUUUAAUAUAAUGGUGUUGACAUCACUUGUUUGUGCCAUUCUGACUUUGUCGUUGUGGCUCAGCGCUGGCAAAGGCUUACCGACAAUAAUCUGCUAUGCCGUAUUAUUUGGGUUUUGGAGUGGAGCAGCCAUCAGCCUGACUCCAGUGUGCAUAUCUCAAGUAUGCACGGUUGAUGAUUAUGGAAAAAGAAACGGGACCACCUUUACAAUAGCCAGUAUUGGAACCCUGACAGGGAUCCCCAUUGCAGGAGCGAUCCAGCAGCGAGAACAAGGGGAAUACGGGGGGUUGAUUGUAUUCGGAGGAGUUUUAUAUCUGGGGGCUGCGAUUGCAUUCCUUCUGGCACGUGGUGUGUGUCGAGGAUGGUCUUUGAAGGUCAAAUUUUAA